ACAACACCAUCUCAUAACAGAAGAAGAGCCUUCUCUUCCCCUCAAAAAAAAAAGAGAAGAAGAGCCUUCUCCUUCUCAAGAAGAAGAAGAAAGCCAAAAGGCCUUCCAAGGCGACCAACCUCUAGGAGCGGAGUAAAAGAAGGAGGCCAUAACAAUACAAGGAAAAGGCUGAGUUUUAAAGACAAUCCUACAACAAAGAAAAACAGGGCGGCCAACAUUAUGUCAAGAAACACUGAGAUGGACGGGGAGAACGGUGAUGGAAAAAUUCUGCCCAUAAAUGCAAAGAUGACAACUGAUCUACCCCCACUCGUGGAACGUAAGGAAUACCUGCCUCUCCCCAAAUGGCUGAACGAUGACUAUAAGUCAAACAUAGCUGAUCUCGAAGGGUGGAAGUGCAUGGAAAUAGCUCGUGCUGAUGGUAGUGGAAGAAAGGACAAGUAUUACACUCACAGGGAUUAUGCACAUACCUUCCGCUCCAAGAAAGAAGUUCAACACUUUCUAGACACUGGAGAAGUUAAAGGGAAAGGGCUUCUGCAGAAGAAAUUGGCUGAUGAUCCUAGUGGACAGAGUUCUGGUUCAAGGCGUUCAACCAAAAGAACCAUGUUACUGCCUGCAAACAAUGAUCCUCCUAAAAGGCCAACAGCAUAUGCAGAUUAUUUAAGAAGACCCAAUGUUGGAGGAAUUUUCCGUUAUUCAAAUGAGGACGGCCCGCCUGGCUUUUUGUAAUCCUAGUUGGAAGAUACAUUUGGUAACUUGUUCUAUUCAGGGCACAAUAAUCAGAUGACAUGUAACUCUUUGUGCUGGUGUUGCUGAGUACUAGUUUUAUCUCCUUCUGGUAUGCUCUAUGCAUACUCUACUAAAAAGUUUGCUUUCCUUGGCAACAAUGUUUCAUGUCUGGUUUAUGACAAACAAGUAUAAUGGGUGGACUU